UCGCUUCCCCUUCCUCUGCGUCCUCCGGACCUCCGCUCUGGCGGGGGCCUUGGGACAGUCAGGUGCCCCGGUCCGUCUCGGGUGCGCACAGCAGCUCCGAAGACGCCCCUGCGGGGCCCCGUGCGGGGCUGGGGCCUUCCGAGCAGCGUUGGGCGCGGCCAUUCCAGCCGGGGUCCGAGCUGUCAGCCUCUCCGAGCCCGUAUUGGAGGAGACGGGACUCAGCUAGCGCAGGCUCCAGCCGUUACGAGCGUCCAGCUGCCAACUUUCUGCCCGGAUCUGUCUCCUCAUUUCUCCGGUCUCCUAAGACCAAAGCCCUCGGGGUAUGUAACAGCCAUGCCUGUGGACGCACUGACUCCGGGAGCCCGGGACGCCCCUGCCCUACCUUUCCGCCUGCGGACCAAAGUCCCCGGCUACCUGCUGCGGCGGCCAGCAGAUGGUGGAGCCCGGAAACCCAGCGCUGUGGAGCGCCUGGAGGCCGACAAGGCCAAGUACGUCAAGAGCCUGCAUGUGGCCAACACUCGCCAGGAACCUGUGCAGCCGCUGCUGUCCAAACAGCCACUCUUCAGCCCUGGGACUCGCCGCACCGUGCUCACACCUAGCCGCCGAGUCCUGCCUGGCCCUGGCCGCCGGCCCCAGCUGGACUUGGACAUCCUCAGCAGCCUCAUCGACUUGUGUGAUAGUCCUGCGUCCCCUGCCGAGGCCGGCCGUACCCCUGGACGGACAGAGGGAGCCCACCAGGCGCCCCCAGCCACCCCCCCACGCCCACCCCCCAGCACUUCUGCGGUGCGCCGCGUGGACGUCCGUCCCUUGCCUGCCUCGCCUGCCCAGCCCUGCCCAUCGCCAGGCACCACCACUGCCUCCAGCCCAGCUCGGCCCCCAGGUUUGCAACGCUCUAAGUCGGAUUUGAGCGAGCGUUUCUCACGGGCAGCAGCUGAUCUUGAGCGAUUUUUUAACUUCUGCGGCCUGGACCCGGAGGAGGCACGGGGGCUGGGAGUGGCGCACCUGGCGCGGGCCAGCUCAGACAUCGUGUCCCUGGCCGGACCCAGUGCGGGGCCCGGCAGCUCUGAGGGGGACUGCUCCCGCCGCAGCUCUGCCACUGUCGAGGAGCGCGCGCGGGAGCGGGAGCGCGUCCCCUAUGGCGUGUCGGUGGUAGAGCGUAACGCCCGCGUGAUCAAGUGGCUGUACGGGUUGCGGCAGGCGCGCGACACCCCAGCGGCUGAGGGCUAGGCUUCCCCUGGCCGCGGCAUUUGCCACGGACAGAUCUUAGAGAGGCAGCUUAGCCCCUUGACCUCUUCUGCAUCCAUUUGCUGGCAUGGGACAGACCAGAGGCUGGGGCCUUGUGUGAACUUGGCAUGGAGGCAGAGCCUCAGAGGCGGGACCGGCAUCCACCCGGCAAGGACUGACCCCUGAGAGGGUUGCCUCUUGACCUUGGGCCACCCUCUGCCCUUCACGUGUAGAGGUUUUGACAUGAGUCCUGCUUGGUUCUUCUUGGGGGUUUGGGUUUGGGGCACUUAGCCUUCUCCACCGAGAGGGAGGGGCCGAAGGAUCUUACUAGGCCUAAUGGUUCUGUUUCCUUCUUCCUUGGUCUCUGACCUUGGCUGACUUCCUCUUCCUCUCCCAGUGGGCCCCCCGGUUCCCUGGAACUUACUCUGGGUGGGGGCAGGGCCUUGGCAGCCUGGCUCAGGUGGGUAGACUAUGGGAGGGACUGAUAGGGGCCUGUACAGCUGACUUCCCCCCUUUUGGUUAAUAAACACAGAUGCAUCUUUUUCAAA